AUGACGCGUGUAACAGAGGAUCAAGUGGUGGAAUUCUCACUCGAUGAAGUUCAGUCGGUGAAAUUCCGUACUUCAAGGACUCUCUUGGGAAGACUUUUUUCGGAGAGCGCUUUCACCGCAGGGGAGUUGAAGGAGGGCCUGCUUGAUACAUGGCGGGUACAGGGAAACCUUCGGGUAUCGAUGACUAAAUUUGGCCUAUUUGAGAUUAUUCUCCCAAAUGAUGAGAUGAGGGUUUGGCUCCUAAAAAGAUCUCCAUGGAUUGUUAAGGACAGGAUUCUCCACCUGCGGUCCUGGACACCCUCGAUCACAAGGCCUAUUUUUGACGACUUGGCCAUUGUUCCUUAUCGUGUGCAACUAUGGAAUGUCAAAGAAGAUUGUUGCACGGCGCAGUUUGGCCGGAAAGUGGCAGCUGGUAUGAUUGGUCAAAUCUUGGAGUCUGAUGUCUUUGCGGCCAAAGAUUCUGAUGAACGCUUUCUGAAAGUGCAUGCCCUAAUUGAUUUUGCCAAGCCUUUGCGAUCUCAAUUUAUUGCGGCUAGUGAAGAGAUUGGUAGAUUCUGGGUACAUCUCAAAUAUGAGUUUUUGCCAACCUUCUGCUAUCACUGUGGUCGAGUAGGGUAUUCAAAGUCGGAGUGUGUUUUUGGCCCUCCUGCUGGCCAGGAACGGUUUGGGCCGCACAUGUCUACUCGAAAGCCGGGAAGAAAGAUUUACAGGGAGGAUGACGAAUGCCCUCAGUUCCGCAAUGCCAGCAAAUCAGUGUAG